AUGACUACUACUCUGGAUGAGCUUGUUGAACAGUCAGAUAGACUUCUAACAGAGAUUCAAGGAGAUACAGACCUUCCGUUAAUAACAAGGAGCAUAGAGCAAAUGGGUGCCUUUGGAGAAAAACUGUGCUCAGCGCGUGACGUUCGCAACGACGUGAAAGCCGCAAGACUCCUCGGGGCCACAGUUAAUUAUGACCUCCCUAAAACUCUGGCUGAAAGACUGGAAUCAUUAGACGCAGUGGGCGAAGGUGACUUUGGCCCACCACAAUCAGAAAUGGAUAUCCAUACGUAUUUAAGACGUGAACGUGAGAACCUCCUGCUCUCCGCCAGCGAACAGGCCAAACAAUCGGUGAGAUUACACGUUAUAUAAAAUAUGACGUGUUCUCUUUCAUUACUUCAGUCCGAAUCCUGUUUUCCCCACAAAACUGUUCGUAUGCAUUGAAUGCUUGAUAUCUUUUAGGCAUUUGCUGAGGCUGACGCUGUCUGCAGGCUUGCUCACUCUGCCUGGUGGAGUCGUCAGAAGGCCGCAAUCUUAAGUGCUCUGGCCAGUUCUGCUGGUCCGAUCGAUACUGAUAUGCAGCAUUUCUCUCCAUCAAAAGCAAUUGACAUUCAGCGAGUCGGACCUUUAGAUCCAAAUCCGUACGCUUCCGAUCGACAGAAUUCACUGUCUAAGGAGGAACUCUUUUAUGCACAAAAGGUUGGUUUUAAAAAACAUUGCCAUUGCCGUUUUAUCAUUUCGAUAAAAUGUUGUCUUCUAAUGACCUAAUGUUCCAUUUCAGGUCGACCAAUUUCUGACCGACAGCUUCGCAUCAACAAAGAACCUCUACGGCCGCCUGACAGUCGCUUCUGGCCUUCUGACAAAACCCAUACUUUUCGAUUACUUAUACCCAGAGUCGACUUUACCAGUGCCUGGAAAAUCAACAACGUCUGUCUUCAUCGAUGAAUCAAAACAUGUUGACUUGCUCGAAGUUCUUCAACUUGUUCGUCGAAUGUUUUCUGUCUCGGCUUCCUUGGUGGAUGUAAACUCCGAAACGCCUCUCUGUGACUUGCCUUUGCCUAUAGCUGUUCCAGACAGGGCAUUAGAACAUCGGGCAAGUCCUGCUCUGCAGUCCGCGUUCAUUGCCCGGUCGAUCGCGCACCUCGAGACCGAAUUCACUGCCUAUUUAAGAGCAGUUGUGAACGCGAAUCCUCGUCAAGCCCAACUUGGAGGACGACCCGGCACUCGUUCUCUGGUUCGCGCCUUUCUCAAUGUGAAGAAUCCUGUCUUAGGUCAAACCUCUGAUUCACGACAAAACGGUUUCGAAGCGAGUUUUAGUGACGUCGAGGUAAGUCUUCAGUUCGAGACUCGAUCUUUUUUGGCUUGUUCUCGCACCCAUCCGUCUUUUGCAUUUGCGAUUAUAUUUGCUUAGACCCAAUUUCCUGGAGUGUUCACAGGGACAGCCAGUGACGACUUUGUAUCCAGCCUUUUUGCGAGGAUUAAAUAUACUACACAUGUGUUCCCAGGCCGGUUCCCCGGACCGUGUAACAGACCCGUCCAAGUGCAUUUUGGUCAUACGAAUUAAUUUAUCAUGCUAGUCUCAAUGUUCUUAUUGAAUACGAAAUUUCUUUUUUCUCGAAGUAUUGAUUGUACGAGUUCACGAAAACGCGCGUUAGCAAUUAGUAUUAACCAUAAGAUGACGGCAUAAUUAUCUACACCAUUGCACUCACGAUAGCCGUUGCAAGUAAGGAAAAGGCUUGACUGCUCAUAUUCACGUGCAAACUGUCUGUGCACGCCGAAGUAACUGAUUCGGACCGAGGCAUCAGGAUCUCUGUCUGAAAGCGCAUGAGCCCAAAACACUUUUCUGAUCAACUGAAUUAUUUUCUCCAAAAAAGUUGAAACCCACUGCAGAAAACUUCUCCAGCCUAGGAAAGUUUUAACUGAAGCUAUUAUGACUUCCAUAGAACCACGCAAAUCAAGAAAAACUGCCACACUUAUGCCCACACUCGCUCCUUGAUAUUUGAUAGUUCGGAAUGCCAGCGAGUAGAGAAAAUUGACUUCCCUAUGAACCAAGUAAUCAAACAUAGAUGCGAACUUUCUAACACCCACCUUCAAAACUUGGUGUGAUGAAAUGCUGCCUGAUACUUAGCAUUAUGUCUUAGGCUGAAGGUUCGUGUUAUUCGAGUCCAAUAUCCACAAUAUCCACAUUUUCCAAAAUCACUGUUUAAACGUUAUUACUACCGAUUGAUUUUUUCCCUGUCGGCUGCACUUCUUUACCUUACGUACAAAAUUUCGAGCCUAUCGGGUUCUGCGUUUUUGACUGCGAUUUAGAGCACGUGUUCGAGACCCUUGUUAUUUAAAUGUAUCAUUAAAAGAUAGGUUUUAUCUCAAGUCAUUCAGUAAUUUUUAGCGAAGAUGCUCACCGCCAUCAUGAAUGGCUUCAUUCGUAACCUUUCAAUUGCAUACAAGGCAUAAUAGCAUGGAGAAAGUAUUAAGACGAAAAAAGUGAUAAUGUAAGAAAACGCGCUUGAAUCUCGAGGUUACAAGCAAAAUCCGAGUUUUUUGUAUUUCACUCUUCCGAGGCGUAAAAGGUAGUGCUAAUGUCGGAUUGAAGGAUCCCCAUACACCGAAGUUUAAACGGCUAUAAGACGAAAAUCGCGCUGGGAUGACAUCGUAAGCAUUGAAUAAAGGGGUGGGCUACAUCAUAGAAAAUAAGGCAUUUUAGGAUCGCUGUCGCACUAUCAUGUCGACUAGGGGGAUGGGAAAUGACGGCGUCAAAAAGCAUGCAUAAAUACGUCUUACACAUCGAAUACCAACUUGUCAUAAUGCAUGAGAAUUUACAGGAGGUGAACGAAGGAUAAAUGAAUGAAUGCAAACAUUAUCAACACACCAGGUUAACGACUGGAAGUAGGGAACAAGAACUCAAACGUCGAGAAUUAAUGUUAUAAGGUAAUCGUAAUUGGAAAACGUACUGAAAGGACCUCCGGCUAUUUACCAGACCAUUAUGUGGUGAUCACAUCGGAUCAUGUUUUAAAAUCGUCUUAGGAAGUGGAAUACCAUCAUCAUUUUUUGGUGGGGUGGCCAAUGACUGUCUUAAGCAUAUUUGAAUCAGGGGUUGUCUUUGAACGGCCGAAGUCACCAAUAUGAAGUAAAAAGAAGUGAAGGCGCAGAAUGAUAUCUUAGAAUGUGCUGCAGUGUUCGGGGAGAAGUGGGCAUUUCUGCCUGGAAGACUGCAUAACUGGAGUUCUGAUAAUCCAAGAAGUAACUUAGUUAAGAAAGCGGCGCUGAGGUAUUUUCGUGAGAAUAAUUUGCGAGACAGCCGUAAAAACGGAAUAGUCAUGGAAUGUAUAUCAGUAUGCACGGCAACCUUUUGUCUAAAUCCCUGAGAGCACUGGCCAUCUAGAGCGACUGCAUUUAAGGCACAUGAUCUUGCCAUGUACUAAAUGUGCAGGGAUCAGAGAAAAUAAUGAGGGGUAGGAUUGAAGCCAGGGCAGUUUGUUCAGCGAGCAUCAGCACAGCUGGCGAAUAAGCAGUGGCGGAAGGAAUUAGGACUUCGGUUAGUGGCCUCUUUAGGGGCAGAAGCAAUUAUAACGGCACGCCAGACAUUUUGGAGGCUUUGAAGUAUAUGACAAGAAGAUGAGAUAGCACUGAUGCACGCCGCAGAAAUCAUUCCUUAAAGAGAAGUAGGGAUACACCCCCAGAUUCAGCGCAUGCUGGACCACAAAUGUUUGUAAUAUUCGGGCGCCGACACUGCGCAAAAGCCAGCCAGUACUUUAUGCUAAGCUACACAGACUUUCGAGCGUAUGUUCAGAUCAGCCUGAACAUAGACUGGCAUGGCUCUGAAGCCUUUAAUUUCCCCCUAUUUCCGCAGCAGAAGGGAAUUAGUAGAACAAGGAGAAGCCGAGGGAAUAAAAACGGUAGACAAAGUGUGGUUGUCAUUUUGGCCUUUAAAUUAUCGUGCCAUUCCUUCAGGAAUUCUGCAUGUCGCACUUUGUAACAUUAUAUUUGGCUGUCAUCUCUGCAAAUUAAUAUCUUUUAGGAUGGUUUGGUGGACGAAAAGCCUGUCUGGCCAAUGAUUUACUACUGUUUACGGUGUGGUGCUCUCCAGGACGCCAUUAAUAUUGCCACCGAGGCAACGUAAGUAUUUCGUAGCAUUUUACUUGUUUCUUUCCCUCCUUAUUUCGGGCCUCGAGUCCCCCAAUAGUGCUGGUUCGCCAGCUUGUUUUUAAGUAAACUCAUCCAUUACCGACUCCUUCUACUUGUGCCUUUAUUUAAUAAAGACGAAAAUUGACGUUAUUCACUGUCAUGUUCCUUGUAACCUAUUUAUGUGGUUGACUAACCUCAAUCGUAUUUGGUUUCACCUUACGGUGAGAGCGGGUGAGACGGUGUUUGCCCUCCACUUUCAAGUCACAUUUAAUGCCUUUUUUGCCCUAACAUUUUCAGUCGGUUGAUUGGUUUCGCCCAAUCUACAUAAAAUCCUUACUUGAAAGGCCGUUUUCGCUGCGCAGAGGGAUUUAAAUGUCAUAUUGCCUGAAGGGCCUACACACCCUGAGAACCGAUUCUGUCAUUCUAUUUGCUAGGAACUUGCAGUUUAAUUAGCUUCAUGAGCUUUGUUAAGUUUUCGCCCGGCCUUGUCUAUUGGAUUACUAGGAUAAGUAAUCCACUAUUCUUCUUCUUAUAGUAGCAAUUUGGGCGAUUUCUCUGAAAUCCUGAAGUGCUACCUAAAACAGGAACGACUACUUCCAGCAAAGAUGGUGGCCACUCUCAGGAAAAGCUACCGACGUACAGUAAAAUCAUCAAGGGAUCCCUACAAGCGGUACGUCGUCCUUGUGUUGUUCUAAUGCACAACUUAUUUCUAGUCUCUUGACUUUCGCCCUGCUACCAGUCAACCGCCUCGUUUAUUUGUUUGGGGGGCAAGACACACGCCCAGACUCCUCUGGCUUCACUACUGCCUGAUGACGUUCUCUCUCACACUCUCACCCUCCUUCCCUCCCUGUCUCUCACUCUCUGUCGCCAUCCUUUCCCAAACUUGUAAGGCCCAUCUCCCCACGCCAACGUAAUUAACUGCUAUUGUCCGUUCUUUACCAAUGACUUAGUAAGGAAGACCAUCCCAACUAUUUCACGCCCUGAGUAUCUCAAAAUAAGUCUCCGAAGCUCGACUCAUUUAAUUUCACCCUUGCCUCUCAUCUUUUGAUAUCUAAUGAUUUGGAAUUUGCAGCUGCACUGACCACUCACUACCGACCUAUCCAACUUCAAGGAAACGUCCCCUCAAGCCCUUCCAAAACUGACAAUUUGUUGCGAGGUUUCAGGGCCUUCCUUGGCCACGAUAUUCUGGAGAUCUGUGGAAUUUGUUAAUAUCCUGACAGAAAGCUGUCAACUGAAUGCUGUUUCCACAGGCCAUAGGGUUAGGCCACCAGAGUGGUGGCAGAUAUGCCCCAGCUGCCUCCGUAAGGUGAGAAAGUGCCUCAAGAAUAGUACGAGCGUGCGCAUCAUCGGUGCGAAUACGCAGGAGGGGGUUGGACUAUGACACUGUUGUUUCUCGGUAUUUCUACCCUACGUUGUUGUCCAUUCCGUUUGUCCCAUAUGCAGCUAAUGUGGAAAUUUGCCGCCCAAUGCGUUACAUCGGCCCGCCGCUUCUUCCAGUUGUAUGCGAGUUCCACAGGAGUUCGAGUUGAUUUCGAAGCCUUUAAACCAAAUUUUCAAGACGCUCUUGUGUCGCUGUGCUCCCCCGUUAUUUAACAGGACUCACACCCUAUUGUUCCAUUGCUGCGACAGUUUCUCUUUCUCAAGGCACCGCAUCACGUCAAAACUGUUUAUUUUCUUAUCUUUUGGCGCUGCUUCUUCUCUUGUGCAUAGGUAGACGUGGCAGUAGUCAAACUCAGAUCCGUUUUUGUCAUUUUUUGUAGACUUGUUUACUGUCUUUUGGGCCGCUGCGACCUCUCAGACGCACACACUGAGGUUGCCCAAAGUAUCGACGAUUUUCUGUGGCUGCGUCUUUCGCAGGUUUCUAUCUCUUCUGAUGAAUCGGCGGCCAACCUCGCUCUGCAGACAGAAGGCCUGGACGAUGAGGAAAUUCUGACUUUGGGCCAGUUUCAGACCCUUCUAUACGACACCUACGGUAUGCACACGCCCUCCCUCUAGUGAACGUACGUGCUCUGAGCCUGUGCUAAUCCCCUCCAACAUACCUCCACUUUUCCUUCAGCAUAGCCUGUACAUACGUUCAGGCAAGUGAAAUAUUCGCUUACUUUGUCAGCUGUUCAUUAACGUCCCUGUGGCCAUUUUCUUACAGGUGAGGCGCACUUCGAUGCAUGGAAUCAGCCGCUGGUGUACUUCAAACUUCUCUGUCUCAGUCAACAGUUUGAGGGCGCCUUGGCAUUCCUCGCGCGCCUCGAGGGGCUUCGGAGCCAUGCAGUACACAUUGCAAUCCUUCUGCACACCAUGAAGAUCCUAAUCCUGCCCCAGUCCCUUCAUAGUCCUCUCAGUAAGUAUGCAGACACAUACGGAGUCCGCUUCUCCUGUACCGACGCCUAGCUGCAGUAGGCAUGCACUUGGCUUUAUUAUCCCACUGUCAUAAUCCUUCUUCACAAUCCGGACGUGAAGGGCCGGCCGGAGCACUAGUUGCCUUUGGCAGUCUUCUUCAUAUGUCAUUUCACCUGUUGUAAUUCAUUAAUUUCACGCAUACCGUCUGUCCAGUGACAAGUAACCAGUAAAAAGACGUGGCCACCACUAGGCUCCAAGCCGGAAUUUUACAUCUCCCGCGCCGACGAGGCAUCGCCGUAUUACGGUAGAUUCCCAGGCAUAUAUAUUCAGGAAAAUCAAAUUUCCCUUCCCAAAUACUUAAGGUUAUUUUUUGCCUUUAUUUGCAGUCACGCGAGUUGACUCCGAUCCUGCGGGUUUCCGACGUCUUAACUUUGCCCGCCUGCUCCUUCUCUAUACGCGCAAGUUUGAGGCUUCCACCCCCUGCCAAGCUCUCAACUAUUACUACUUCCUGUCUGAUAUUGAGUCCGUCUUUUCCGAGGGCGUCUCCGAUGCCACAAUCAACUCCCUCACCACCACGACGCCCAUCUCCAGGAAUCCGCUCUCCUCUAUCCUGACCGUAGAUACUGCGGCCAAGGCAGCCUGCGGCAGUCUUUUCAUUCAGUGUGUCUCGGAGCUGGUUAUUCAGACACGUGAGGUUGGUUUUUCUGGCCAAUCAGACCGUCUCUUUAAGCUUUGUGAUGCAAUUACUUGUGCCUUUACCUGUUUUUUUUUCCUUUACAGUUUGAUCUUCUGCUCGGCACGCUCACAGAUGGAGGUAUUCAUAAGGUAAGUAUGACUCUUUAUUUUAACUUUGUCCAUCAUAAACUUGCUGUUAAAACCCUCUGCCUGCGCCUGUCCUUGUAGCCCGGCUCCAUUAACCGAUUCUGCUCGGAUAACGGCCCAAUAACAGUUUCCAGAAUCAUCUCCACGGUGGCCGAGACUUUGGAGGCGCGGGGGCAGUUGUUGGACGCGGUGCAUGUCUAUCUACUGGGCGGUGUCAGUCACCUGCUUUCCGCCGUACGACUCACCAAUCUGAUGCUCGUUGCUGUAGUCAGUGAUGGAUGUUCUACCACCAAUGCGCCUUCGGCGGACAGUGAAUUUUCCGCAAAUCCGCAAAACGACCGUACAGCCGUCCUUCGGAUGGCUACGGAGGUCAGUAUCCUCAUGCGUCUGUCCACCUCUCGCUAGUGUUAGGCCUGAAACUGCCUUUCUCUGGAGUCUGGUACGCAUAAAUUGAGACCAGCUCGUGUGUGGUACGCGUAGAUAGCUGCUCAGCCACUGCACCCACACCCAUCUCCGGUCCUUCUUUUGUUUUGUCAUUGCGAUACGACGGGUGUGGCGACGGGGACGAGGCAGGUCCCACACCCAUCCCUUGAGGGGGCACAACCCUCGCUCAUAUCGUCUCUGCACUCUUCUGCGUCGCAGAGGUUUGAGCUACGACAACUGUCGCCGCUAAUACUACUGCUACUGCUGCUACUAGUACCACUGUUGCUACUACUACUACUACUACUCUACUAAUACUACCAUUAUUUUUCUCCUCUAUUUCGUCCGCGAAUGAAGUUGGCCUCUAGCCUUGUGUGACUUAACAUAAUUUCCCCCCUAUACUAAUGAAAACGCCUUAGGAUUUUAAGAUACUCCUUCCUGAUACUUGUACGUAAACGCCUAUGAGCGCUUUUAUUGGGCGCGGACCGAUUAGUAUGUCGGCUCAUCGACUCGCUUUCAAACUAAAGCUGUGUGUGUCACCAAGGGUUCCUGUUCUGCUGUAUAUUUCGGCAUUCUUGUGAAUCGCAAAAUCACUUUAGCAGUAAUUCCGUUCGAGUCCUGUUAUCCCAGUCAAACAAAACCCAUUUUACAACGUAGUAGAAAAAAUACUUUUUGAGGCGAACGCCCGGAGUGCUCUGUAAUCAUAAUAUAUAUAAUUCCCUCUUCAAUGGCCCCUCCCUGUUUUGUUUAAUGAACUAAACUUGUGGCUUCGCUGAGACAGAAAUCGUUUUUCCCUCAUUCACUCCCCCCCCCUCGGUUGACAGACAGCGCCAUUGUCCGUUAAAAGGCAUAGUCGCAGUGGAUUCAUUCUUUCAAACCCAAACCACAAACAGACUAACAAUUAACAAGAGUUGAUAAACUUGCCUAGCCAGAGGCAGGUCGGUGCUUUAAUGUGAACUUCAAUCACAACCCGUUUUCUAGUAGUGCAAGUUAGCCGACUGUUACUUCUCAUCCCAUUUUUGAAGUACACGCCGGUUUUGUUGUUUUUUUUUUCGUCGGACAUUAAUCCGAUUCCUGCAUCAUUUUGCUAACCGCGAAUUAAUGGGCUUACAGGUACGGCAAAAAAGCUUGUAAUGGAAAGAACCAAACCGAAGUAGUGAUCGACAAGAACCGACUACAGGUACAGCAUAAAUGUCGGUCUGGCACUACGGAUUCUCGUCUGGAAUCGCUAUGGCAAACAGCAAAUUACGCACAAAAUAUUGUGUAUUUUUACAUCUUGCAUUUACCCAGCCGUACCCUCUUCUCUUCACACGUUUAAUAGGCGCUAUUAAACCUUAUCGAAAACCGUCUAUUGGCCCAUUAGAUAGUUUCGCCAGCAAGGCCACUAUCUGCAGCAGCUGAUAUGGCCCAAUGCCUUGGAUGUUAUUUGGGCCGCACGCUUUAUUUUUGCUCGACGGUGGUGUGCACGAGUGAAUGAGCGAUUAGCUUUGGUUUGUAAUUCCCUCUAAAUGAUUAAUUCUCGGAAAAAAAACAGUUGAAGGGAGACGUUUCAAGCAGAAGUUAAGUUUACUCCAAAAACUUUGAUUUGGGCUUCGGCUCCGACGCCUCGGUUUACUGUGUAUCUCGUUGCAGAAAUGUAACCUGGCACAUGAGCUAUGUCAAUAUAAUAUAAACCCAAUUCCCCUGCACCUUCAAAUUCCUAGGUUGGCCGAAGUAUUCAGCGCAUGAACCUUCCUUCCUCACCGGGAGAUCCGUCGGGAGAACAAAGCACAUCGCUCAGGUCUGCUUCCCAGACUCUAUUUUAUCUUCUUGACCUCUCCACUUUCUUCGAUCUGGCCAACUCUUGCCAAUGGCAGGCCGCUCUUGAUCAUAUGGAUCGUCUUGGGAUUUUCCCCAGCAACUGCAACUCGGCGCACAUUGAAUCCAAGGUUUCCGCCUACGCAGUCCUGCCCGACCUUGUUCGACGGCCACUGUCGAAUGCAUUGAUCCAGUUAAUGCGUUGUAUCGUAGCUAAGGCCAACCAGGCCAAAGUUUCAUCGUCUUCUGCCGGCAGGUGAGCCUCUUCGUCAUCUUUACGUUCUAUUUAAUUUGAUGGUCUCAAAAGUUACAGCAAAAUAUUUUGAUAUAUCUGGCCUUUGUGUCCACAAGACUACGUCUCAGCGGGUCCUGCGGACACUGUCGUGCCCCCCAUGUCGUGGCAUGCACACAUUGACAAUUUUCACGUCUGGUAAAACGUUAGUGGUUUCGUAUUUUGUUGUGACUUCUCUUCGCUCUUGUAGCUCGGUUUUUAUUGCGAGAACUUGCGCGCUGGCUUGUGUUCCUGCGUUCCCGAGGUGACAAAGCCUUCAAGAAGUUGUACGUUCCGGUGAGGUGCUAGACCUUAGUUUUCCUUUACGAGGUGCGCAUCGCGUUAUGACGGAUUUUUCGCUAGAGAUUCCUGAGACGCAUCCUUGAGACUUGCUGCCAAACUUAAUCAUCCACUGUUAAUCUCAUUGUGUCCUUGGUAGCCAUUCAGUUAGCGUUCACUCUAACUCCGUCUACUCCGACAUAGGGUAAAAUCACAAGUCAGUCUUACGAAUCAAGUAAAUUAUUCUAUGACGUAGACUGAAAAAUGGCCAAAAUCGGUAGCUCUUUCAAAUAGCAAAGUGUAGGUAGAUGAACUCGUGUGAGACUGUGCAUGGAAUAUGAUAGUUCGACCGUCGUUGCCGGCGAUGUCCGCCGUGUGCUUCACAGCAGGCACGGCUACUUGCGCAUGAAUUAGCUGAUAGUGAGAGUGGACUUGCAAAGCGUCUACCGCACUCUAUCCUCCUCCCCUACCUGGACCCGGUGUCAAGACAUAGUCAAGAAGACGGGAGGCGGGGGUGGACGCAGGUGGAUGGCACGGUCAAGCCCGCAGUCCACUCCACACCCCCUGGUCCACACAGCACUGACCAGGAUUUUAACCAACAACAACGGACCGGACUGGUGCGGUCGAAGUCGCCCCUAAGUUUGCCGUCACACGUGGCUCGGAUCCUACGGAGUGGGAAUGCCAUAAAAGCCACAUUAAAAAGUAGCCAUUGCAGCCUGACUCUCAGACCACCGGUCGGUCGUACUGUACAAACACGCCCUGGGCCGACUGCGAGGUCCAAGUCAUCCCGUCAGUUGACAACCUUCCAAGCCACGGUUUUUAGCGCACCAUGUUAGCUUCAAGUGCUUCAGAUUGCCUAUAGGGAGGAAAAUGCGCUGAGUCGUCGACCUCACUCUCUGUUCCCCUACCCAGGUCCCAGUCGCUGUCCGAGUCGGUCAGUUGACAGGUGCGGGGAAUAGGCGCAGUGUCUGACAUAUCCAUGGACCUUGUCUGCGCGCGCCACAUGUACGACCUGGCCGCCCAAACAUGAGCACCGGGAUUUUACACAACUCUUAGCCCACUAGUCUGCCACAUUACACAUACACUCAUACAACUGGGCAGACUGCAUGGACUGAGUUGGGAUGUCAGUCAGCAAGUUUUCAAGCCAUGGCGUGUCAGGCGCCGUGAUAGUCUCAUCCUCGAAUCAAACAUGCAGCAGAGGGACUGCUUGGGGACGGAGCCGACACGCACACCUUCCACUUGCGUGGGAGGUGGCAAUUGGAUGCUUGUGGUGGAUGUUGAUGUAUUGUGUGGUGCCGGUGUUGGCGGCGAAGAUUUGAUGGCGUGGUAUAGCCGGUGGUUGUCUAUCGCAGGCUUUCAUGCAUGCGCAUGUGGCCUAAUAGGCCCAUACGGUGAGUGAAUGUGCGGCUGCAGUGAGGGAAGUUGAGGCGGAUGCGGCGGGCGUAUGUUGGUGCUUCAGGCACUGGUGUGCCAGUCUGUACGAUGAAUUCGCAAAUGACCGACCAGGCUGAUGUGUGAAGUUAAUGUGCGAGGACAAUGUGGACAGGAGAAGUCGGCGGUGUCAGUGCCGGUUUCGGAGAUGGUGGCAGUUGUGGAGCUGUUGGUGGUGGGCGUGCGGACGACGGGAUGUAAGCUGAGCUGGGCAUGGUGGAUGUGCAAGAGGUGCUAAGUGUGUCGAGACUGCGGCCAAUUCUGCUCUCGUAGAUACGCACGUGACCGAGUAGGCCCGCGCCGUGAGUGAAUGCGCAGGGGCAUUGUGGACAGUGGAGGCGAAUGCGGCGUGUAGGUUGGUGCUCCAGGCACUGGUUCGCCUUUCUCUGUGCGAUGGAUUCGCAAGUGGCCGAACAGGUCGAUGUGUGAGGUGAACGUACGGUCGCAAUGAGGACAGGUAUGGGCCGAGUCUGCAUCUCUGGCGUUAACGGUAGUGAGGUUGAUGUUUGCUGGCGCAUCAGUUACAAAUUACUCUUAGCUAGGUCAUGGGAACUUUGAUUCAAGAAAGUGUAAAUUCUUCCAGAGGAGGAGACGUUUACUCGUCAAUUUCGGUAUCAGUUUACCAGUUUGACUUGAAAGUGUAGAAGAAUUUUUUGAUUGGCUGCUUUAUUUUGGGAGGAUAACUAUCAUGUUCUCAUGUCAUUUAUUGCACUGACAUAAAAAAAUCAGACGAAUGUACCUUUCGAAAGAACUUUUUUGCGCCAAGCUAGACCGAAAAAAGAUGGGCGACCACUGAGAUAACUGCCGUCUAUGGUUUAUUUCCGACCGAAUUUAGCCAGUUAUAUCCGUAACUUACUGGGUUUCCACGUAGGCCUAGGGAGUCAAACUGAUUGUGUUGGCGCUUUCUUAAAAGUAUUUUGGUUGGGCACGGAAAAACUGACCCCCCCCCCCUCCCCCCAGCAUUGCAGGUGGCCGUGCCCCAAAUUUCAGGGAGAGGGGGGGAAGGAGUUAGGGUUAUUUUUCUGAUUACGAGGGUCAGGAUCAGUGUUAGGACAAGAAUACAGAAAUCUCGUAGAAUUUAGUGCCAGUCCACAUGCGGUACCAGAGGAGCCAAUAUUUCUGUGUUCAACAAAUUUUUUACUUACUUUUUUAUGUUUCUCCGGCAGAACAUCAUCUGAUCCUCAAAAUAUGCCCUGGAUAACUGGUACGGCCGGUAGUUAAAAUCAGGAAACCCGGUGAUAUUCAGGCAGGAAUUUCUCGAAACUAGGAUAUCUAAGCCAAAACUUUCGGCGAGAGGAUUCGGAAACGCAUUCUUUUUUAAAAAAAGAAUAACUUUAAACAGUCAUAAAUCCAUGGGGCAUUAAUAGUACCUAAGUUUCUUUUCCCGAGCCUUAUUAUCAACAAUAUGAUAAAGUCUAGUGACUAGCUAAUGUAUAAAUCAGUACUAGAUGAUAUCAUGGCGCUCCCAUUGAGAUGAGAUCCAAGCCGUCCCCUUUUUGCCGUGCAAACCAGGUUCACGUCUGCAGCAGACAGGUCGCGUGUGGUACGCGUAGACGGGCCAUCUAACCCUGUCAACAACUGCGCCCGAGCCAGCCUCCGGCCGCUCCGAUUCUGUCUUGCCAACGGGCCUAGGUAAACGAGGGAGAGUGCGGCAGAUUCUGCAGAAAUCGCCAUCCUGCGCCCAGCACGUUGCAGGCACAUGAUGGACGUCGCCGUUCGCCAUGAUACUGGAUGGUGUUCUGCACAUAUUAGUACCGAAAACGCACUUGAAAGUUCUUCCGCAUCUAGUAGAGCACUUGAGUUCCAGUCAGUGUUUCCCUUUCUCAGUCUCUGCCACUUAACAUGAACACGUCGGCCAUUUUGGUCGUCUAGGCAUGUGAGUGCAAGAACAGGACCACCUUUCUGUGGUACAACGCACUGGCAACUAACUGAGGUUCUACAGCCAUUGAACUAUGCCUAUACAAGACUUUCUCAGAGGUUUAGCACGGAUUUUAUGUACAGUUCUCUAAAUUGUACACGCUUUUUUUCCACCAGCGCAUCAAAUUGGAGCGCGGUAGCCGGCGGAGGGAGUCAUUUAGCCGACCCGGCCAAGUCCCCGUCAGCGUCGGAGGUACGGUCCAGAGCACGUGCCCUUAUUACCUUUGUCGGACGCAUUCCACAGCGAAUGUCUGGAGAAGUUUACACCCGCCUUUCGCAACUGGAAAUGCAGCUGGCCUAA